GAACUCGUGACAUGCUCUGAUUUGGUUUCCUGUGUUUGUAUUCUGAUGAGAUUUUAGGGGAAAGGUUGUCGUUGAUAGAGUUGUGAUUUUUUAUUUGAUAAAAACUUAACGAAGAAAUUAUUGAUAAAAAUGAAUGGUGCUACAGCCGGCCUGCUACCACCAGCCUCAAGACACAUCCCAACUAGGAGAAUCGAAGUUCACGAUCCUUCUCAUAUGCCUAGUGCAUAUUCAACUACUCCUGGAGGCACAAUAUUUAGUACGACACCCGGAGGAACCAGGAUCAUCUACGAGAGAAAGUUUUUGAUGGAAUUACGUAAUUCACCUUUAUCUCGAACCCCUCCAUCAAAUUUGCCAGUAAUUCCUGGCAUAACAUGUAAUAGUAAAGAGAAAAAGCAAGAUGCUAUUCCUGAGGAAGACACACAUGGUAAUGAAGGAGUUAAGACAGCGGCUGCUGGCAUUGAGGAUCAUACCCAAUUUCAAAUGGAUAUUUGAAGUGAUUUUCUAGUGAAAACCUCACGAUAAAUCCAGUUUAUUCCUCACUUAUAUUGCGUUAGAAAAUCUCUUUGAAUUAUAAAUUGUUGUUCUGCUUGCAUUGAAGUCUUAUCUCAAGUUUGGCUUACUAUAUCUCAUCAAGUAAUUAAUCUGUUCUACCAAAGAUUUCUGAAAUUUUUUGUUUUCUACACAUCUGCCUUAUUUUUAUGUUUCAAUAGUAAUUGCAUAGUGAAUUUAUGUAAUUUUAAUUCUUGUCCAAGUAAGAUCUAUGUUCAACUACCACUUGCUGGGCAUUUCAUUAUGUUUGGCAGAACAACUACAACUUUAUUGAAGAUUGCUUGAACUUAAUGUACUCUUUUGGUACUUGAUGUUUUUGUUGUUAAAGUGAGAUGGUUUUUAUGGAAGAAUGUUGAUGUGAAUAAUUGUUCCUUGUUAGUGUUUUGUAUGUUAAAAUUUACACAUAAAUGUUAGAUUUUUUAAAUGGUUUAAAUAGAAUUAUCUCACAAAAAUUGUAAAUAUAUUUACACACAAAAAAAGGACUAUAAAAUGACCUAACAGACGUUUAUACCAAAUGUCAUCAGAAUAUACUAAUCUUCUUGUCUUUAUCA